AGUGUUCAGAGGCUCUUUCCUGAGCCAAAGCACACUGUCUUCUGUCCUUUCUUCUCUUGGUGCCAGUGACCCGAGGUGUAGCUGGGGUAUCUGAGCUGAUGUGUGCCACCUGCCAUUCAUCCUGUGAGCCAGGUCGUGCCGCAUUUUAUAGAUGCGAACACUGAUGUUCUGAGUGGCUCAGGAGUCACAGGCAGAGGGGGCCAAGCACCAGCCGGUGGCCUUGCACCUCGGCUCACGGUCCACCUGGCUGUUAGAAGAAUUGCUAGAGAGGCCCUAGCUGGUACCAUCCCAGCCUCAUAGCCCCCGACUCCCUCUCCAGCUGUGGAGGACCACAGCUGUGUCCUAUUCCAGGCCCCAGGCCCUGCAGCCAUACAGUCAAAGGGUCUGGGGCAGGGCACAUCUGGAGGUCCUUGGAGGGAGGGGCUCAAGCUGCUUUUGCCUAUCCAGGUUUCCAUAUCCUAAUCUUUGCUUUUCUUGUUCUUUAUGCCAAAUAAAAGGGGCGGGGGGUGGGGGGCUAAGAACAGAUGCUAGAAUGUUCCAGAAGGAUGGGACAAGGCAGAAACCUGUUCCCUGGAGUUGUUGGGAGGGCCUCCUUCACUUCCACUUUCUAUGGACCCAAGGCACCUGCCAGGUCAUUACCCUCCAGGGUAUGGUGGGGCUGAGGACAGGGGCCUCACCUCCCUUAGUCUAGAGUUCCUAUUUCUGUUAAUAUGACCUCGGACUACAUUUACUCUCUUGUCACAUUUGUCUUGUGUCCCUGAGGCUUUUAUCCAGAAUAGAAGACUGUCAUUCCCAGAGCUUCCCAAAGGAGAUAUUUGCUCUACAUCUGCAUACAGUUGGUUUCUUUAGAAACCACUGGAGUAAGCUGCAAAAUCUGCUUUGGAGUUUUAAAGAGACCAUGCCCUUUAUCUGUAAUGUCUGUUAAAAAUCCACCAUAACAAAUUUAAAAGUAUAUCCAGUGAAUAUUUUGGAUAUUCAUUUAAUUGAUCAAGAAUUCUACACUGUUGAAUGAUGGAGUUGAGGGGAUGACUAGGUAAAUGGCAAUGUCCUCACGUAAUCGGAAAUUAUGCAGUCAUCAGCAGUGGUGUUUACAGCAAGGCUUUAAUGCUAUGGGGGGAUAUGUUUAUGAUGAUAUUAAGUGAAACACUGCCCACAUAAUGCGAUGGCUGGUGUCAGCCAAUUAACAUAGAAGACGGGGAGGGAAUAUGCCAACAUGUUAAAGGUUGCGGAGGCUCCUGUUCCCAGCGUCUUCAGACUGAUGGGUUCCUGACUCUUGGAUCAGGGAUGGGCCCUCCCGUGGUACCAGGAGCAGCCACCAGUUCCCAGAGCAGCAGGGCUGUCUCUCGGCUGUCACCAGGUGUAGUUCGUCACUCCAAGCGUCCACUCCAAGUGGGGAUCCCAGCUUGUGGACACCUGCAGAGGACCCCACAGGCUGUGUGAACUGAGCUUUCUCUGCUACUGCCCUCCUAUUGUCAGCUAAGCUCCCAGCCACUGCUUCCCAGUGACAGCAUGAGCAGGAGAGCGCAUUGGGAUUUGUGCCUAAAACGUGGAUCGCCAGCUGUGUUGGGAGUGGAGAGGAGGAGGCCCCCGACAUCGGCAUAUACCACUGUCCAAACUACGAGAAAACCCAUGUGAAGUCCACGUUGCUGAAGACAUAGUGGCCCGUGUGCUGGACAGUCGGCUCACGCUGGGCCACAUGGAGGAUCACAGCUUCACCAAGCCCAUCUUCAUCCCUAAGAAAGACGGGCUGGGCCUGGCUGUCCCAGCCCCAACACUCUAUGCAGGCCAGGCAUCCUGUGUUUUCAUUUGCUGAUCUGGCCACCUUUGCUGAGGCCUGUCACCUGGCCACCUCACAGCAUCACCAGGUCAGAGGAAGAGUGGUCGGGGCACUUGGUUGAGCCAAGAGAAAAGCAGGUGGGUGAAGCUGGACGUUGGCACCCAGAGCCUCAGCAUGCAGCCCCUGGCAGCUCCUGCUGUGUGUGAGGGCAGCCAAGGGUGUGUGCCCACUCUACACAUCCCGGCCUCAGGGAGGCUGUGCCACCUUCCCAGGGUGCUCAGGCUCCACCCGCCACCGCCCCAUGGCUGGAGCGGAGUGUGGAUGUGACAGAUGUCACCAAGCAGAAGGACUGCAAGAUGAAGCUGCAGGAGUUUGUGGACUAUUACUACAUCACCAACCGCAAGCGAGUCCUCAACAUUGCCAACCUUGAGUUCUUCAACACCCAAAUGUCCAGCUUCGUGGAGCCACCUGACACCAUGAGGAAACUGUUCUGGGUAGAAAACUGGCCAGAUGAUGCAUUCUUGGCCAAGCCCAAAGUGACCAAGUCCUGCCUGAUCUGUGUGAAGGACAGCUACACCGACUUCCAUGUCGACUGUGGGGGCGCCUCCGCCUGGUACCACGUGCUCAAGGCACCAACAGAGCUCUCGUGGGCCCUGAGCCCUGCAGCCUCCCAGGGCGAUUGUCCCCUGGUCCACCUCAGCUAUGCAGGGCCCAGUGGGGAAGCCUGAGCUGGUGUGUCUGGGGCCUGGAUCCACCCCCAUUGUCGCCUGCUUGAUGGUCAGUGCACUGAGAAUGGCUCUUUGGUGGCUUUCAGAGCAUAUGAAGUAGAAAGAAGGUUGAAACUGGGCAGCCUGACUCAGUUUCCCAACCUCAAAACCUACUUCUGGUACAUGGGGAAGCACCUGCUGGAGGCGUUUAAAGGUACUGGUCACUCCAGGGUGGGCGUCCAGGCCAGGGGCUGUUGGCUAUGGGGGAGGCCAGACCUGGCUCAGGGCUGACUGUCUGGGUGUGAGUGCCGCCUUCCUGUGGCCUGAGCAAGUCCUCUUGGGACUCAGCCUCCUGGCCCUCAGUUUCCCCAUCUGUGUAAUGCAAGGCUGGAUUGAACAGGCUGGGCCUCUCCUUCUGAUUGGACUGUCUCUUGUUUUAGAAUGAACACUGGGCUGCGGGUUGAGAGGGGGGAGUGUGUGCGGCCUCAGUGCAGGUAUCAGUCACACCCGCUCCACUCUUCAGUCUCACCUCCAUUGGGAAUGUGGGGCCCUGGCUUUGUCACCAGCUGAGGAAUGGGUGUGAGUGGGCUCUGGGUCCACUUAGGAUCCCUCAGGGCCGUGGAAGCUGGACCAUGACGCAGGCUUGUGGCUCAGUUCUGGCCCUCUGUGGAGGCACUGUGGCAUCCCGGGGCCACCCCUUCUGUCCCAGGUCCUGCCUGGCCCCACCCUCAGAGAUGAGAGCAGGUGGCUUCCUGCAGCCACCACCCUGUUCAGGUCCCCAGACUCUGCCCAGCAGUGUGAGGGAGCUUGCAGGAGGGUUUGCAUUUAUUUGUGAUUUUCUUUCUCAGUGCUCCCUUCACCAGAAGUUGUUCUUUUUUGGUUCUGAUAGCAGCCAAGAGCUCUUUCAUCCAGAACCUUUUGCAUUCUGGCCCUAGUUUGAGAAGGAAAAGUGGUCCUUAGUCAUGGCUGGCCAGGUUUCAGUAAGAUUCUCCCAUUGCUCCCUAAAUGUGAAGCCCUACAAAUAAGGUUUAAUCUUUAUUAUUUAGGGAAUGUAUUACUUUGGAGACAGACUAAGCUCCUGUAGCAACAAGACACCAAAAUAUAAUGUCUUAAUAAAAGCACUUUAUUUCUGUCUUCAGUAACAGUGUGCAGCUGAGGGAUCCAGGCCGGUGGCAGGCUCUGCUGCAUGUCUUCUCCCAGACACCCAUAUUCAGUGGCCCUUACUCCCAUACAUGCUCAACAUAUGGCCUCUAUACCUGCUUCCAUGGGAACUACAAUGAUGUGAUUUUCCAGGCAACUUCCAGGAGACGAGGAAGUGCCGGCAAGUCUCAUCUUUAAAAUGCUGACUAAGUAGUAGUGUGGCUAUAGAGUUUAUUGUCUAAACCCGAGCAACUUUGAGGGGAAAAGGGGAGUGCUAAACAUACUUUUAUACUUUUUGAAGUAUUUAUUAAUUAUUAGCUGAUAAUUUAUUUUUAUUGUAUUGGUAGAUCUAAAAAAUUGUUCUAAAGAAAAUUAUAAAAUAGUUUUAAAAAUAGCUUAUAUUUGUAUGCUCACUGCCACAGAAAGGAAACUGUUGGCUGUGUUGUGUGCAUCCAGAGAGGAUUAAGAAUAGAGAUUGGUUAUGUUACUGGACGUCGUUCAGAUACAAGCUUCUGUUACAGUGAGAACCCUUCUUGCCGUGCCCAUACAGAUGUCUCAUGUGCUAUGAGAGGAAAUAAGGGAGAAUCUGAAAGUGCAGAAACCAUCAAGGCCUACCUUAAUGCAACCAUUAAUAAUGUGGUUAAGAGUGAAAAAUUCUGGGAAAAAUCCUAAACUAGAUAGGACGAUAGACUGAUAGGAAACCUAGUUUUUAGUUGGAUAAUUAUAUAUCCCGAUAAAUCUCAAGGAACAAUUCCAGAAGAACAAGAAGGUGAGAGCUAAACUUGUAUCAUGGGAAUUCAUUGUAAGUAUUAAAGACAUACGUGAACUAUGAAACUUUAACAGUUUUGAGAUAGAGAAGAAUAUAAUUAUAACAUUGUUAUAAAGAAUAUGUUCUUUAUAAUAAAAUGUCUUUAAUAUUCAGGAAA